CCUAUCCGUUGCCAUGAAAUGGAAAUUAUUAAUUCAGACUCAUUUAGAGGUUUUUGCGUCAAACUCUUCAUAUCUUCCCGUAUGUCACAUUAAGUUAAGUUAUUCUUGUUCAUUGUACUACUUUAAAUGUAUUACCAAAUAACCCUGUGUUGAGUGGUCAGUGCAUUUGAGCACUUAAUUUUAAAUGUUAUUUAUUUUUUCAAUUAAUGGCUCAAAUAUAAUAAUCGGUUAUCAAGAUUAUAUCGUGAUCUAAUCCAAAAAACAAAGUAAUGAACUUUAAUUCUGACUUCAUUACAAAUGCAUGUCAAUUAAUAGACCACCUGAACCAUUUCGUUUCUUUAGAUUUACAAUUUAUUAUAGUUAUUGGUUUAAAUAGUAGGCUAUAUUUUUAUUUAGGUCUAAUUCUGUUCACAAGUGGUGACUAUUGCACUCAAAAAAAUGUUUUGCUGCUUGUUUAAACUACUUAUUCAAAAUAAGUUGAAUUAACACAAUUCCUGAGUUUUUUUUUUUUUUUUUUUUGAGCAACUUAAUUGUUUUAUGUUCAAUUCCCUUAAAUUUGUAAAAACAAAAAAUACAAUUCAGUUAACUUAAUCUAUUUGUUUCUGGAGUACAUGCAGGAAUUCUGUGGAACCCAGCAUUUUUUUUCAGUGUAAGAGCUUUCUUUUUACUUAAAAUGCCACAAUAUGUGCCAUGUUUUCACAUUUAAGAUUUGGGGGAAAUGAUUUCUUUCUAAGCGACGCAGUGGUGCUAUUAAUGUUUGCAUGUUCUCCCUGCGUUCGCGUUGGUUUCCUCCCGGUGCUCCGGUUUGAAUAGGCUAAAUUGUCCUUAGUGUAUGAAUGUGAAUGAGUGUGUGUGGAUGUUUCCCAGACAUGGGUUGCGGCUGGAAGGGCAUCCGCUGCGUGGAACAGAUGCUGGAUAAGUUGGCGGUUUGUUCCGCUGUGGCGACCCCAGAUUAAUAAAGGGACUAAGCCGACAAGAAAAAAAAUGAAUGAAUGAUUUCUUUAUAAAAAACUUAUAUAAGCAUUUUACUAAGAUCCAUACCUAAUAAAUCCAGAGAAACUGAUCAUUUUCAAGUGGGCUUAUUUAUUAGGCUGUGUGUAGUAGUAGCCUAGUGCGUGUGAAAAGAAAAUAACAACUAAUAUGUAUCCUAUUAGUUAAGCCUAAACAUAAGCUGUGUUCCACAGCUUUUAAACUAUGUUGUCAUUAUUUCAGACUGUGAUGUUAAAUACUUAUGACGAUUCAAAUCUCGCAUAUUAGUGCGCGCAGUCAGAAAACCUAUGCAACAUUCAGAAAAUUAGUCACAUUUCUUAAGGGUUAUUCCAGCGAUACUCCUGGAUGUACACGUGAUUUCCAGGAAGCAGUUUCAAUUUCCCAACGUCAAUAAAAUGCAGUGUGUAACUGCGCCAAAGGAUUAUAACAGAGCAACAACUUUGUUCAUUAAAACAUUGGCGUUCUCACUUUGUAGACAAAGACCUGCUGAAACAUGAAGCCCGGACUGGGUACUUUAAUUGGCCUUGGAGUUGGAGCAGUUGGUACAGCUGUGUUAGCUCCGGUGGCGCUGACCGUGGCUGGGUUUACCUCCGCUGGUAUAGCAGCAGGCUCUUUGGGUGCCAGCAUGAUGUCUUCAGCAGCCAUCGCUAAUGGAGGCGGUGUGGCAGCAGGAAGCUUGGUCGCCAUCCUUCAGUCAGCAGGUGCUGCUGGACUGUCUGCAGGAGCGACCGCUGCAGUGGCAUCAGUGGGUGGUGCAGUGGGUGCUGUGUUUGGUGGGGCAGCAGAUUUUUUCUCUCGUCCACCUCCAAAUAACGAUGAUAAGACUGAAAAGCUCAUAUCGAAAUAUAUGGCCAUAAUGUUAACCUUAAUAAUUGGACUAUUAAUGGUCGCAAUAAUUAUUGUUAAUGAAAACUGAUGAUGGUGGAUGUUUGUGAACACUUUGCAAUUGUGUUCAUUUUAUACACUUGCAAUUAUGAGAUUUAAAUAAAUGCUCAUUGAAUACAA